AAACCAACACAGCCGUGUUGCAAGCCGUGUUGUUCAGCAGCGAUGGAUGCUUCUCACUCCCAGCCUCUAGCCACCGAGAGCUUCUCCUACAGCUGGCUUACCGACCGGACUCUCCACCGCCGUCACGGCGGCGCCGACGGCACCUCAACCCCAAGGGAUCAGAAUUUCGACUUCCACCUCUCAUUCUCACCUGCUUCUCCAUCCACCUUAGUCCACGCCGACGAAAUCUUCUCCGACGGCCACAUCAUGCCGCUAUACGUCGGCAGAUCGACGACGACAUCCGUCCCACCAUCGCCUCCGACUCUUACACCGAUCGGUUCUUACAUCGACGACAAUUACCGGUCUCUGUUUCUUCGCAAAUGGCGAAAAAGAUCGAAAAUGAUCCUGAGAAGAUGUCUCGGUUUCGUUCUCCAAACGUUGUCCGGGCCGAGGAAAAGCAGCCGCGUCGACGAUCUCGAACGAAAGGUUUGCGAAGUCGAGCAGAAUCGGAAUUGUUCGCCGCCGAGGCUAAGCUCGGCUUACUCUGUCGUCGAUUGGUCAGAUAUAAAGAAAAUCGGCGCAAAAGUCAAUUUUUAUUACGGAAUUCGGAAGGUCAAGAGUUGGAGCAAUUUGCCUCAGGCGGAGCCGUCGCACCAUCUCACGCCGUCAUGUAACUCUAAUUCGAGCGACGCUUUCGAGAGCUCGAUCCAUGAAGCCAUUCUCUAUUGCAAAAGAUCGAUAGAAAAAUGAGACGAACACAAACAAUCAAAGUCGAAGGAUCGAAGAGGAUUAGAGAUUUUUCAGACAAAACAUGUAAUGUAUAUCGAUGUCUUCCUCUAACAUCAAUGAUUAAUUACUUCUCUAA